UUCAUCCCUUGUUCGCCAUAUUGCUCGCCAUUGUAAAACUAACAAUUUUAGGAUUUAGUGUUCAGCCUUCUAAUCUUCCCCUGAGGUUUUACUCUUUUGACUUUCGAUUUUACUAAGAUGUCGAUGGCAACGAAUUACAGGUACGAAGUGGAGCGUCCUGGAACGAAAAACCUCAGAAAAGCUCUGAAAAGACAGGAAGAAAGGAUAAAGAAUGAUGAAUUCAACUCUGAACAGAAAGCAAAAGUGAAAAGUGAAAUUAGAGUCAACCAGAUUGCUGACUGGAUGGAAAAACAGGAAGAGAAUAGUGAGGGACGAAUGCUGAAAGAGUGGGCAGCUGACACAAAAGAAGAGCUUUCUCUAGCAAACAAAGAAUUGACAGCUGUUAGAAGAGCCCAGCUUCAGAAGCUGUUGUAUACAGAGCAGGCUUUGUAUGAAAUGGAACUUAAUGCACAAGGAAAAUCUUUCUUUAAACAAAGAACAUGAGAUUUGUUAGUGCAUCUGUAAAGGGUAAAGUAAUGUGAGAAGAUUACUUCAGUGAUAGGUAUUCACACAAAUUGUUAGUUAAUGCUUUUUAGGAGUUAAUUGGAUUAAUUUUAAGCAUAAAUUGUUCUUGUAUGUUAAUAAAUUUUGCUACUGACCUUUACCAAUAGAAAAAAUAGGAGGUGACAGUUCAUUCUUACGUCCACAAUUGGACAUAAUUUUUUUAAAAAUUCUUCAGGCUGUUAGUCUGCUGUCAUAUAUUACCUAGUAAUGAGACUGAUACAGUUCAUGUACAUGUAAGACUCAUUUUCAACUUGUCUACAUGUCAGCUUUUUUGUUAGAUAUACAUACCAUGGUCAACUUUGUUUUGGUCUGCAGACAAAAAUUAAAGUGGCUGCACACUAAAGAUUGAUGUUUUGUGGUGAAAAGAAAAUGGCUAAUGUUGUAUCUGGAAAGACAGGGUUGUGAAUAGAAAAUGUAAUAAAUGCAAAAUCUGAAUGGA